AUAUAAACGAAACCAAAUAUGGUGUGUUCUAUUACACUUACUUUUCUCUCGUUGAUGAUCCUGACAAAGUCGUUUGGAAUUGAUGGAACAAACCAUUUUAUUUGCAAAACAAUUGAGGAGGCGUUCACAUCGGAAAGCCAAAUUGAAAGUGGCGAUGCUUCAAGUGACUCUACUAUACAGCACAUUCAAGGAAGGCCAGGAAAGAGAGGAAUACAAGGAAUGAAAGGGGAGAUAGGACCACCGGGAAAUGUGAAUUAUGAAGCUAUCGAUUUGAAAUUGGAAAGCAAAGUUGAUCAAGAAAUGCAAGAAUCAAUGAGAGAAUAUGGAUCAACAGUUGCAGAAUUACAAGAUGAAGUUAGAAAGUUGAAACAACGACAAGAUUUGUGCAAGGUGUUCUACGCUGGCAAAUGUUUUUGGUUCGUUUUUCAUAAUAACCAGGAUGUAACAUAUUCUCAACUUGAGGAACUUUGUGCCCAAAAUGGUGGAACGCCGGCAAAUAGCUAUGGAAGAAAUCAUUUUGAAGAGAUAGAUGCAUAUGUAGAUUCGAUAACCCAGCAUACAACGUUUUUCACCGGAAUGACCAUUAAUAACUCGAACAAAAUCAUUAGGAUGAAUAACGGGAUUAAAGCAAGUUGGACUGUUGGAGAAAUGAGGUGGUUUCCCAGUCACCCGAUAGCCCAUGCCGACCGGACUCUACUUGCCGUACAUUCUAAUCGCGAUCCAGGGUCUUCACACCUGGUCUAAAAGUAACCGAAGGCAUGGAGUCCUUUCUGAAAAGUGAACACCGUAAAAACUGAUGAGUGAUAAAACUUGAAUUUAUUAUAAAUUUACAGGCACAACAAAGCAAAAGUUGAAAGUUUGAAUAUAAUAGCGGCAACAACUCAAUUACUUUUUUCAUCAUUUGUAAUAAAUCUUCAACACUAUUUGGCUCUAUUCGUGAACGAUUCACAGAUAAACCGAAGUUUUUUGACUCACUAUCAAUAUUUCAUCCCAACAAACCAACCGAGAUCGCCUACGAAAUCGUCAUAGUUUUGACCACCAUAGGUCAAUAAUGGGAUUACAGAACAAGGAGAGCAAACAAAACCUUGAAUGAGGUUUGCAACUCACAGAAAUCAAAUUGAAAUGUGUUGCCAAGAGUCGGGUUCAUUCGCCUAGGAAUAUAAUAUUA